AUGACAACCCAAAACAAGCAUCCCCUCCCCACUCCACCCUUCUACCCCAUCCCCAACAUCAACAACCUCCGCGACGCAGCUCUACAUCCGCUGCCCACCCCCCAUGGCAAGCUACGUCCCGGCCUCCUCUUCCGCAGCGCCGACGUAAGCAAGCUCGACCUCUCAGGCUGGCAAGCCCUGCACGCCCUAGGCAUCGCGCACGUCUUCGACCUACGCAGCAAGCCCGAAGUAGAGCGCGGACAAGCCAGCAGCGGCACGCAACCAGAGUGGCAAGCAGCGAUGGAGAAAGCAGACGUGCAGCGCACCUGGGUGCCCGUGUUCAGCGAACAGGACUACUCGCCCGAAGGCCUCGCGGGGCGGUACGCAAAGUACAUGGCCUCGUCUGUGCAAGGCUUCGUGGCGGCGUAUCGCGAUAUCCUGCGGAGUGGGGGGGAUGCGUAUCGUACCAUCUUCCUGUACCUUGCCAAUCUGCCCGUGUCGGCUGCUCACGGCGCAAACGACACGCCACCGCGCGCCGCGCUCAUCCACUGCACAGCGGGCAAAGACCGGACGGGGGUUUUCUUCGGUGUUCUGUUCGACUUCCUCGGCGUGGAGCGCGGCGCUAUCGCGGAAGAGUACAAUCUGACCGAGCUCGGAUUGCAGGACGUUCGUGAAGACGUAGUUGGGCGCCUUCUCCAGUCGCCGGGGUUCAGAAAGUACAUGCUGAGUCUGAUGACGGGGGAGGAGUUGAGCAAGGAAGAACUAGCCAAACUGAUUGAGAAGGGGGAUGCACAGGUGGAAGAGGAGUUGGCGGUUUCACCAGAGGUGCGCGAGGAAGGAAGACAGGCGGCGCUGAGGAUGAUCGGGGCACGCAAGGAGAGUAUGCUCGCGACGCUGGACAUGGUGGAUCGCGAGUUUGGUGGGUCCGAGAAGUAUAUGAGAACGGUGUGCGGGCUGAACGACGAUGAUCUGGAGAAGCUACAGAGAGUACUGGUUAUCAAGAAGUGA